GAACACCAAUGUUGACCCUCAUCUCCUUGUUAUCAUGAAAUUGUCAGAUGAGGGUUCGAAUUCCGAGACAGUGCGUCCUCUCCCAUCUAUGAGUUCUACAUCAAUUCAUGCCGUAUUCUCGAAUUCCAAACUGCCCAAGAAAGCCCGUGUAUUGCGAACGGUAGAAACAAAACGGUCACCCUCAGAAGAGGCAGAGAGACCAAGCCCAGUUCGAAAUUCAGAAAAUAAACAUGAAAACGAUGUCAUAAAACAGUCGAACACUGAGCGCACCGACUUCUUCGAUGAUACAACCUGUGCAGAGCUGUUUGACAUACUGGAAGAGAAUAACUCCAUCGCCCCAAUUAUUACUGGCGUAUGGUUCAGUGGGGAAAAUAUCGAUCAGCGUUGGAAGAGAAAUGCCCGCCGACGAGUUUUAGUUUCAUCAACCGAGGCCCGCGUGGCUGAAGACGUGGUCAUUGUAAGAACGGUCUUGACAACCUGGUUGAAUGGUACCAUCGAAAAGGAUAAUCAACUGAAGCCCAAGUUCAUGGAGGUCUUUGAUGAUGCAAAGGGUACCAGCCUGCAGACAGGAAAUUCACAAGACGUCAAGGUGAAAGAAACGAUCCCUGUACCUACCAUUUCCAACCAGCCGCUGUUACCCUAA